AUGGCUUCCAGCAAGCUCUUUGCGAUUGGCGUCAUUGUCUUGCUAAGCACUGGACUGUGCAAUGCUAUUAGGGUGGCCUACGACGGCAGUGCCCAGUCCCCGAGCUCUGGCCACGCGUAUGGUAGUGGAUCCGGUGAAGGUGGUGGCGAUUGGCAAGGUGAGGACGAGUGCGCGUCUGGUUACGGAGCGGGCGGUGCAUCUAGUGAAGGCCAUGGUGACUCAGGUAACUCCAACACCAAUGGGGCAGCGAAUGCGAAUGGAGCUGGCAGCGGGGGUGGCUCCGGUGGAAGCAAUGGGAAUGGUAGCGGAUUUGGUGGUGGCAAGGGAGUCGGGGAAGGUGAAGACGAUAACUAUGAUGCCUAUGGCUCGAGCUUUGCAAAUAGCGGUGGCGCCGGAAGCGGGAGCGGAGGCGGCCGUAAUGGUGGGUUUGGCAGCGGUUCUGGCGGCGGAUCAGGGAGGAGUGGUGGCGCCACAUCAGGUUAUAAUGAUGGAAGCUACAACGGAUCAACACCUUAA